GCUGGAGACAUGCUCUCACCCCCCUACACCGAGCGGCAACCAGCCACGCCUUUUCUCCGAACCCCUCCUCCCCGGAUAUCCUCCGCCGCCCAAAAACCUAGCGGCGAGCAGCAGGGUCGGACCCUGUACGGCUGUACCGCCCUUGCCCCUCUACGUGUUUGGCAGGCUGGCGCGCCACGCGGGCAGCAGCACUGGACAACGAUCCCCUCCACAGUGCCCUCCAAUUUGGCAAGCGGCCGUGCAGGGUCGGAUUGAUGGCCGCAGCGACGGUGGCGGCAGAGGAGCUGCGGCAGAUGGGAUUGCAACCCACACCUCGAGUUGAAAAGGCCGACGACGUACUUGGGGGAGACGAUGACGAGAUCCUGCGAUUCAUGGACUCCGCGGAUAGCUACCUCCUCCUCAUGGACUCGCUCUCUUCCGCUCUUCGCCAGGGAUGGCUUGAUCUGGCAAGUGCUCGUCACUCAAUGGGUGCAUCACGUGUUUCCAGUACACUGUUUGAUCAUAAAGAGCAAUGUGCAGCCACUAAGCUGCAAGUGGUUUAUCCUGCAGACUUGCGGCCAUCAGAGUCAAACCCACACUUUGCUCUGUCCAAGUGGUGUCUGCAAGAAUCAAACUCCGGUGAUGUUAUCGGUAUGCAAGAUAGUACUAAACCAAAACUAAGGUAUCGAGGAUUAGCUGCUGCCCCAGAUGGUAUCAAUGAAUCAGAUGCAACUACUGCAAAGUCUUCUACUGGUGUUGACACCAGCAGUCAGGUUCAAAUGGCAAGAUCGAAAGCAUUAUCGGUCUUCGGAGCAUUGGUGUCUCCAAAACUACGAACAACCCAAGUUUCCUUUGAAACAGCACUUGAACUAAUUGUAGAGUUGGCAAAUUCAAGAUCAACCAUGCUCUCUAGUUUCUCCCAGAUAAAACCAUGAAGCUUCAGUAGCUGCCUGAGUUUGAGAUGUUGUUCCCUAUUUGAAAUCUUGAUGUUGUGGAAAUGUAUAUUUUACCGUAUUAAUUUGCUUGCCCCGUUGCCCUUGGAACAACCCCAGGGACAAAGACCAUGUUUUUUUUUGCAAGUUCACAUCCAUUUUGUAAGAUAAACUUGGUGAUCACUUCCACAAAUUUUAUGUUAAUAUUAUGAAAUAUCAGUAUUAGUUA